AUGAAGCUCAUUACUGUCGCCGCCGCCCUGCUCAGCUUUGCUGUCAUGGUAGCCGCCGCCAACAAGAAAUAUAUCGUCACCUUUCCCAACAAUACUUCCAGUCAGGUGGUCGACGAUGCCCUUGCUGAGUUGGUAGCCGGCGGAGCCAAGCUCCUCCAUCGCUACUCGCUGAUCCAAGGCUUCGCCAUCGAGUCGCCCGAGGAGACCAUGGAGACCUACAGGGUCAAGGCCCAGAGUUUGUCCGAGAACAAACCCUCGAUCGAGGAGGAUCAGGUCGUGACAAUUCAGAGCUAG